UCUCUAUCCGACCCGGAUGCAGCACUGAGAGAGACGACUGUUACUGGCUUUUCCACCCUUCAUGCUUUCUCUCACGAAACGACUUCAAGCUGUGGUGCCAUGCCUCGGCCGCGGUGGUUAUCAAUUCCGGUCUUCUAGAGCCUACGCCGGCGGUCAAUCUAGACGGCGGUCCAAGACUCCGCCGCUGCCGUUUCAGAAGGCGGAGGGGAAGUCUGAGUGGUGGAUAGUAGACGGCGAAAUGCACGAGAUAGGCGAUAACGUGCCCUUGCGCGAGCGCUUUGUCAUCCCCAGAGAGAACAUCCCAAAUAAGCGUCGGAAGCAGCUGAGGGAGCAGUUCAUGCGAAGGACUCGCCUGGUUCUCAAGGAGUCGGAGCACGAGCCAUGGUGCAAAAAAUAUAUGGAACUAUAUAAUGAGCUAAGGGAAAAUUGGGAGAGACUUUAUUGGGAUGAGGGCUACUCUAAAAAAAUUGCUCAAGACCAUGCAAACUAUGAGUCUGCUGAAGAUGAUGAUGAAGAUUUCUCCCCUUACAGGAAUAGGAGGCCUCAUGUGCCUCACAUGCAGCAUAGUCAGGACCAGAGUUUUGGAAGAAAUAGGCAAGGUGAUACCUGGGAAAAAGUCAACUUUAUUCGGGAUAAAUUUGAGUAUGACAGAGAAAGAAGAAUGAGAGAUAAAGCAUUUGCGCCCAUGCAUGGUGGAGCUGUGUCUGAUACACGUGAUGCAAAUUCGUGGAACCAGCCACUAAAUGCUGAUCGAUAUUUUAGCCACAAUGGAAGGAGUUGAGAGUAGACAUAUCAGAUUCUGCAGCGUGAAAAGGGUUUGCAAUCAUUCUUCCUUCUUCAGAUAUCUGUCCUACUAUCAACAUUUGUGGCUUAGUCUGCUGCUAAAGUAACUUCUACAAGUUUCUGAUGGUUUGUUCAAAAUGCAUGAUGGUGGGUUUCCCAGGCCCUCUGAGAGUAGGAAAAACUGUGAUCUGAAUGGAAAUAUGAUCUAUAUGUUUAAAAAAAUAUGAGAGAGAGAGAGAGUAAGUAUUUUAAUCGAGUUGCAUGCCUAAUAAAAAUAGAUUGGCUUUUCGACGUUGUUUUUCUCAAGUUUUAUGCAUAAAUAGUUAGAAACUUGAGAACAUCUUAUAAAGAACAGAGUGCCAGAUCGUAUAGUAUUGAAUACAAUAUGUGGUGUAUAAGGCUCUAACUUUGUUAGAGAAUUGCUGAGCUAUGUCACUAUAGCUUAUAACCCAAGUGGGGGCAUUAAGAUAAUGGAAACACUAAAGUUAAGAGGUGCUCUUCACGCUGA